GUGACACUUCUCAACAUGACUCCACGUGGGUCCGUUCAGGCCGAGGCACAUACGCAGUUGUCAACCAGCAGACGACACGAACAUGGCGUCUCUACAGCUUCAUCCUGGAUGAGCAGGUGCCGUUGAGGAGGCGGAGGCGGCCCGGACCCCAAAGCACCCAGCAGCUCCUUGAUUAACAUGUACACGUGCAAAUCCCGGAGCCAAGGAACCCUGCGGACCUUAAUACAGCUUGUAGAGCACGGCGUGGGCGAAGCACGGGCAGCCAGCACCGCCCCCAUGGCCUCCAGCUCCCCGGGCUCACCCUCGCACAGGCCAACCAGCAGCAGUUGGGGCAGCAAGUCUUCGCCCAUUCCCAUCGUGCGGAGCGGGGUCAGCCUCUCCCCCAUCACCUUAGGCUCCUUCAGUUUCUCCAGCAGUCGGCCCUUCACCCCGUCACCCAUGCCCUCGCCCCCAUCCUCACCGCCAGCACCAAGCUCUCCCUCGGGGCUCAUCCAGGCUACCAAAGAUUCUCUAUUGCAAGCCGUGUCAAAGAGGGAUGCCAAAACAAGUUCCCUAGCUAUCGAUGAGGACAUGCGGGAUAUGUGUUACUACUACACCCAGCUUGGAACUGACGAGCGCUCCGAGUUCUUGCUGUACAUGGCCACGGCGCUGUCCACAGACCAUCGCGUAGUGGAGGAACUCAUCCAACAGAAACCAGUCGUUGGCGGAGGGAAUGGUGACAACGGCGCCCAGCUGCUGCGUUGGGAGGACCGUCUGCGCCAGUCCCUGCAGCCUCCGCACCACUGGGUCUUCUCUCAGAUAUCCCGGCUCUCAGGGGGCGUCAAGUUCCUGGUGGACAUGCGGCAGGACUUGCUGGCAACGCUGUACACCAAGGCUUCCGACCCAACACCCUCUGCCGUCCUAAAGUCCCUCGACACAGUCCUGAGGGAGUUGUUGUCGCUGUGGUUCACGGUCGGCCUUCUGGAGGUACAGCGAAUCACCUGGGACUCGCCGUGCAAUAUUCUACAGAAGAUCUCCGAGUAUGAGGCGGUCCACCCCGUGCGCAACUGGGCGGAUCUCAAGCGUCGAGUUGGCCCCUACCGCCGCUGCUUCACCUUCACCCACUCCUGCAUGCCCAAGGAGCCUCUGGUUGUCCUGCACAUCUUCCUCACCAGCGAAAUCUCAUGCUCGAUGGGCAAGAUCCUUCGGAGUUCGAGGUCGUCAUCAAUAGAAAAGGAGAGCAUGAAGAAAGACUUUGAGAACCCUUCCCUCAUCAACACAGCGAUAUUUUACUCCAUAACGUCAACUCAAAAAGGACUACAGGGCAUUGAACUCGGGAACUAUCUCAUCAAGCGAGUGGUACAUGAACUGAAGGCGGAGUUUCCCAAUAUGAAUCAGUUCUCCAGUCUUUCACCCAUUCCUGGCUAUGUCAAGUGGCUGAAUGGCAUGAUGGCACAGGCACAGAGAGGGGAGGUCGUUAUAUUCACUGAGGCUGAGGAGAAGGAGCUACAAGUUUGCCUGGAGGUGGACACGCCCUCUGCCAUAUAUGAUCGCCUCCGCAAGCUGUUCACGACCAACGGCUGGAUGGAGUCGGCCGAGCUGGUGGAUUGCCUGGAGAACCCCCUGAUGCGGCUCUGUGCUUACUAUCUUGUGGUUGAGAAGAGACGAGGUUAUGCCCUUGACUCUGUUGCAAACUUCCACCUGAAAAAUGGUGCAGUCAUGUGGCGCAUCAACUGGCAGGCAGACCAGUCACCCCGAGGCCUGGCCAACUCUUGCGGCAUCAUGGUCAACUACAGAUACUUCAUUGACGAGUGUGAGAAGAACAGCCGGACUUAUUUGGAGAGCCAGGAAAUACUUUUAUCGGACACGGUGAAGUUCCUGGUCAACACAGCACUCAUGAAGGUUGUGAAGAAGAGUCCGAGCUCCCCGUCCCCCUCCCCGGCACACCCCAGGAGCCCCACCCCGCCCCUCAUCACUGUCACCCCAGACUCAAAAAUAUAAAGUUUUGAAAGGAGAUCGAUUAGCAUGCUGACAUCUGGUCUUCAGCAAGUGUUAAAAUGUAACAUUCCUCCUCACUCCCUUUCUUUCACACUGAUCCAUUGACACGAGGGGGUGGAAGCCAUAGGGUAACUUUCAGCUCAAGAACUUUAACACAGCACAAAUUUACAGCAAGGAGUGGCUUUCAAAAUGUGUUCACUUUAAAUGGGUUCUGUAUUUAAUUUGUAACACAUUCUGGAUCAUUCCAGAGAUCGCUAGAAA